UGGAGAAGGGGAUGUAGUACUAUGGAAUGUUCGAAAUACUGAGUCACGUUUGUGUUGGGGAUUAGAGGCUGCAGUGCGAUUCUGAUAGGGCAUCAUAACAGUGUUAGGUGGAUAUCAACAAAGUUCAUGUGAAUAUUUUAAUAUCUUCAAUGUCACUAAUGUCAUGCCCAAAGUGCGGGAAAACAUUCACGAAGGAGAGCAGCGUCACUCGACACCUGAGCCAGCCUUGAUCCUCGUGUCAUAGUCAUAUGCGUGACAUUGUUGAUGUUUUGCAGUUCGCGGAAGUGGUUCCUCCCCAGCGUCGCACAGGGGAUCAUACCAACAGCGUCCCGGAAGUUCACGAUGGGGAUCACUCGUAUGAUAACAUCAACGAUGAAUUCGGAAUGUUUGGAGAAUCGCUGGAGGAAGAGUAUGAUGGUGCGGGGGCCUGUUACUCUCAAGAUGGCUCAACCUUCUUGGAUUUAUUUGACGCCGAUGAAUACACAGAAUGCAGGGUAGACAACCUCUACUAUCCUUUCGCAUCCAAAGAAGAGUGGGAAGUUGCCGAUUAUCUCCUGCGCUCGUCCCUCAGCAUGGCAGCAAUAGAUGAAUUUUUGAAGCUUUCAAUGGUGUGUAUUCUUUGCAUCCUCAGGCUGGAGCAUUGAUACAUCAACCGCAACCAAGAGGUACCCGCUCGGGAAAAAAUGUACAUGAGGCCACCUUACAUCGUUAAGACCCUCCCAGACCCUCCCCCCCUCCCGUGGGAAUUUCCCACGCCCAGGGGUAUACCAAAUUUGGUAAGUUCUGUGGCACCAACAGCGGAC